UUACUAAUUGAUGAUAUAAUUAUUAAGUAUGUCACUCAACGGAAUAAAUCAGUCUAAUUAUUAGGAUAUUGGAAUAAAAAUAAAAGACAUCGGGAUAUACUUGGAAAUCUGAACGUUGUUGGACUAUUCAAGAACCAUAAUAUUACAUGUACUAUCUAUCUAUAAAAUGGCUUAUUGUACCGUUGAAACAAGCGUGGUGGAGACAAAGGUAUCAAUAUCAUGUGCAGCCUCUCCAAAGUCUACUCCGAGUGUCCGUGGUUCAAAUCACAAUUUAGGUCGGGCCUCUUCUUCGAUGGAAAAGAGACAAAUUGCCAAAGAGCCCAGAGCACUACUUCAAUUAGACUACGUUAAAAAUGAACACGUCAUUGCUGCAACAGGGGAAGAGUGCGUACAGCGUAUGAAAUCUGGUGAAGAAUUUAUUAAAAUAAAAAAGGGAUCUAAGGCCAACUCAAAAACAUUCACUCUUGAUGAAAAAUUGAAUUUUUUGUGGUGUAAGCCAACAAAAAGAAAAGAAAAAGCCUUCCUUGAUGUCAACACCAUAAUAGAAAUUCUACAUCCAGCACCAACAGAACAAUGGACCAAACUACCGAAGGAACAUAAUCCAGAAUGCUGUGUUACCAUUGUAUUUGGUGCCAAGUUAGAAACUAUCACAUUGGUGGCGAAAGAUUCGGAUAUUGCUGCUUUAUGGUUCACUGGACUCAGAUACCUGACAAGUAAGAACAUGGAACAAACCGACAACGCUGUUCGUCAGAGGACAUUACAAGAACUAUGGAUACGGAGAACAUUUAUGGCGGCUGAUAAAAACGGAGAUGGGCAAUUAACCAUCGAUGAGAUAAUGGCUCUUAUGAAGAAACUAAAUGCGAACUUACCACGACGAAAGGUGAAAGCUAUGUUUAAGGCAGCUGAUUCUGCUAUUGAUUCUGAUGGUUACCUUGACUACGAAGAAUUUUUGAAUUUUUAUCGAAGUAUGGCAGUCAGAAGUGAAAUUCAGUCCUUACUGGAAAAUAUCUCAGAAGGAAAGGAUGUCAUGAGUGCGAAGCAACUUCAGAAAUUUUUAAUCAAAGAACAGAAACGGAAUGGAGUAACAGACGAACAAUGCACUAAUUUUAUUGAAAUAUUCGAACCAAUUGACGAAAAUAAGAACGCCAGGGUCUUCGGCGUAGAAGGUUUUACAAAUUUUCUCACUAGUUCCCAUUGCGACAUUGUUGAUUCAUGGUAUGGCGUUGGAACGGGCGUAGGGGCAUCCACAAUGGGAAUGCCACGGUCUGAAGUUACUCAACCAAUGACACACGCACUCACAGACUAUUUCAUAAACUCCUCACACAAUACGUAUUUAGUCGGAGAUCAACUUACAAGCCAAAGUUCCGUGGAAUGCUACGCGAGGGCACUUUUGGGAGGAUGCCGAUGCGUUGAACUCGAUUGUUGGAACGGACCAGACGAUGAACCGAUUAUACAUCACGGAUUUACUUUUACCUCGAAAAUUUUGUUUAAAAGUGCGAUUGAAACGAUAAACCAGUUUGCUUUUGUCAACAAUCCAUAUCCCGUUAUUCUUUCCCUUGAAAAUCACUGCUCUCUUCCACAACAAUGUCGAAUGGCGGAUAUAAUGAAGGAAAUAUUUGGUAAUAAAUUAGUACGCGAAGUUAGUGAAAAAUGUAAAGAAGAAAUGAAAUUUCCAUCACCUGAGGAUUUGAAAGAAAAAAUUCUAAUAAAGUGCAAAAAACUUCCCGGUAAUAUAUCGCCUAAUGCAACACAAGGUGAAGUAAGCGACGAAGGAAGUGACGAUGAACCAGUGGAUCAAGUUAGAAAUGGUUUCGAUGGCAUGGAUAUAAAUGACGUUGACAAUAGGAACUGUGAAAAAGAAUCUAAAAGCAAAAACAGUGUUAUGAAAAGAUUUGGUGGCAAUUUUCGUUCUAGAAACACAGUGCCGAAAAAACGAGACGUGACUACCUCGGACAAAGAUGAAUGUCGAAGUCAAUCUGUGGAGAAUACAGAUACGUCGUCACCGAUUGGAGAAAACAUUGACUCCCCACAAAAAUUGGGAAGGUCGGUUAGUUUUCGACGUAGAAUGUCUCGAAAACUGAGCCUAAGAUACAAGCGAGGCUCAGUCUUUGGUUCAGACGUCAAUUCUUUGAAUCAACCACUACAAAAAGGAUCUCCUCGGAAACGACGACAGGUUUUAUCGAAGAAGCUUUCCGAUUUGGUGCAAUACACGAGAUCAGUGGGUUUCCCGGGAUUCAGCGACUUGUCAAAGGGCAGUUUUGAUGUUUGGUCGUUCAGUGAAGCAAAAGCCUCCAGUGUUAUUUCCAGCAAGCCCGCCGAUAUAGUUCGUUUGAAUCAAGGAAGACUGAUUCGAGUAUAUCCUUCAUCAUACCGCAUAGAUUCCAGUAACUUCAAUCCCGUUCCCUAUUGGUGCGCCGGAUGUCAGUUGGUUGCAUUAAAUCAUCAGACCAAAGGAAGACCAAUGGAUCUUAACAACACUUUAUUUGAACUUAACGGAGGAUGCGGAUACGUUUUGAAGCCCGAAACAUUACUCAAAGAUGAAUACUUCAAUCCACUGCAGCCUGGUCCGUUUACAAAAAUGAUGCGGCUUCGAAUCAUCAGUGCUCAACAACUUCCUAAACCACCAGACAGUGUUCUUGGCGAUAGAGGAGAGAUUAUUGACCCGUUUGUUGAAGUGGAAUUGUUUGGAGUACAAGUAGAUUGUGACAAACAACAGACAUCAGUCAUUGAUGACAAUGGGUUCAAUCCAGUCUGGAACGAAGAACUUUUCUUUCCACUAUCUCGACCGGAACUAUGUUUCAUCCGAUUUACUGUUUGGGACCAAGAUCCGAUUGGGAGAGAUUUUAUCGGACAAAGGACUAUUUCUAUGAGGAAUCUUAAACAAGGUUAUCGCCAUAUUCAUCUCAGCAACUGCGUUUGUGCGUCCAUAUUCGUCAACAUUAAUUUAGAACCAUUCAACAAUAAUAAUUAUAAGCAAAGGAGCAACUCUCUUGUUGUACAAACGGAUAAGAAACUGAUGGCAAAUUCACUGAGGGCACAUCGGAAAACUAGCUUCAGUUUUCAUAAGAAGAAAGGAAAGCCAAUACCUGAUUCUCCGAUGAUGCGAUCUGGCAGUGAACGCACAACGGAGUCGAGGCGUGGCGGAUUUCUCAAAAAGGCAAGAAACCGAUCGUCAUCAACGACUCUAGCAAAGGAAGAUUGCGCUUCGAUUGCAGAAUUGAAAGAAGAUCGUUUGUGGAAAAAUGGAGAAAAAGAAAACAACGAAAGACCAACUGGGAAAGCAUCAACAUCUUCCAAAACAAAGUCGACCGGUAACAAAUCAUCACAUUCUUCCGUAUCAUCAACUUCUUCAAGCGAUAAAUAUUCAUAUGGAUCUCGAAAAAAGUUUAAUACUUUACCGAGACUUUGGUUUUCAUCAUCAAAUAUCAAGUACAAUUUGUUUUCAAUCGAAGAAUCAAACGACAGCUUUGGAUUUUCUUCGUCAAACUCACCAGCAUCUUGUAUUACCGGGAAAGACUUUUCGGCCAUCUUGGAAUCUCCUGAAGUCAUGACGCAAUCGGAAACACCUGCUACGUUGUCGCCAGAGACGCAAAAUAAAGUGAAGAAAAAGCGAUCAUAUAUCGCAAAAGUAUUUCGCGGUCGCCGGAAAUCGAAAGAGCGAAAAGAAGAAAAGAGACGACUGGCGUUAUCUCCCAGCGGAAGCGACGGUGCUGAGCGUAAUAGUUCGAACGAUCGUGGCAACAACAACAAAUCGAAAAUCAGGAAAGACAAUAAGAAAACGCUACCAAAUAAUGAGGCAGAUAAAAGUAGCUGCGACGAAAACAAAAAAUCGCCUGAAGACGCAAAAAAGAAGCACGGACUUUUUAAAAGCUGGGGAAAAAAGAAGAAACCUGACAUCAACAUAGUAUCUGUGGAACUCAGUUUACCAACUGCUGAGUCACCGCCCGAUAUCAUCAGCCAUGCUGCCCGGCAUAGCUCAGUAACUCCUAGAACCGCAGAUCGGGAUAAGAAACAAACACCCCCCAAACACAGGAAUGACAACAAUAACAACAGCAGCACAAAUUUAAACGCCACUAAAAUUGCGUCACCGAAGAGAAUUGUUCCUAACGGGUUAACAACUACAUCUCGUCAUGCCACAAAAGAUGGGUUCACAAACGGUGGAAAAAAUGCUGCAAAAGUUGAGCGCACUCAAAGGCCGCCAAACGCAUUCCAAUAUGAUUCUGCAACCGUAGGACGAAGACCAAUUCGCAGAAAACAAAGCAGUGGAGUUGACGGCGAAGGUUACGGGAGCGGCUUUAGACGUAGCCGUAGUUUCUCUGGGAAUGUUGCCGCCAACGGUAAUUCCAGACCCAAUGCGAAGAUCACAUCUUCUAAACAAAACGAAGAUGGGCUAACACCUAGCAGCUACGUCAAACUGUGUCGUCAAAGUAACCACGUCAUUGACUCGUACAAUAAAGGCACGAGUCCUACAAAAGCUGAUGCCGGGUUUCUACGAUGGCACAGUGUUGGCGAUAUACAACGUCAAAUUGCUAGAGAAAAAUCAUCCGAUUCUAAGUCACAGAAUCCAAAAUGUAGUUCCAAUGCUCAAAGCCGUACUGAAGCCAAUCGGACGUCAAAGGGCACGAAGGGUAAAAAGUCAUUAAGUCUACAGGACUUGACAUUUCAAGAUGUGUGCUGCGAUACAGAACAGCCAGUACCUUCAGCAUACGAACGCAUAUCACGAAGAUAUCCUCGAUCGCCAUCUGGCGGCGAAGUGACAUCUUCAAACAAUUAUAAAUCCAAACCCAGACCAAUGGUUCCACCGCAUCUUAGACCGAUACAAAAAUCAAGGCCUUCAUUGGACAAAGCACUCUCUAAAUCCGAAGCAAAUAUAUGGGCGCAACGUCGAGAACCCGUCGGUGGCAAUACUACCAUUUUAGCAUUCAAGAAAGUAAACUUGGGACAAGGUAUACAGCAAAAAGAACCAACAUCGCCAAAAAGACAUUCAGCUGAUGUUUUGGAGAUGUGUUCCCUGGUUUAUCCAACUUACAAAUCUCCGGCUGAGACAGGCUGGAAUGUGAAACAUAUGCGAUCCGAUUCGGAUUACGUGACUUCAAAAUCAAGCGCUCAAUUUCAAUAUAACAUGACUGGUAAUGUUCUGGACAACCAAACUUCACCAGGAUACCAGAACCAGCCACACAUACUUUACAAUCACACAAGUCCGUCAAGUAAUGGGAACAGCAAUACGCAGAAUUCUCCCAGAAAGCUACCAUUCGUUUCUAAUGGAACAGACUCACUGCUUCGUAGCUCUAAAUCAACCGGGGCUCUACUUGGUCAGGAUGUAGACGACAUUAAUUGGUCAGGAACUCGAACUCCAUCCGUGAAAAGGUCUGUGUACGAACAAAGAGAGCCUUUACCGGAUUAUUCGCAAGACGUUGAAUUCUUGUUGACCAAAUUGAGAAGCUCUUUGAGAGAGAAGGGACCACCUCGGCCGCCAAAAAAUUGCCAAAUUUAUCAAAAUGCCACUGAAAGAACGGACAAUUCUCAAACUUUUCACUCAAGACUAAACUCUGAAAUUCAAUUCCGGAAUGUUGCUUCUUCCCCUCAUCGCGCGUUACCAACAACUUCACAAGUUGACCAUCGAAGCAACGGCGUUUCCAGGAGUCGUAGUCGUGCGCGUAGUAUUGCUAAAAGAUUUAACUUCUCCGAAUCCACAGAAAAUUUGUCGUCUGCCAAUCCUCCAUUGUCUCUUUGCACAUCUGGCAACUGGAGUACAGAACUUGAUCAACGCGACACCGAAGAAAUAUACUGCAACAUGAAACCACUGAUAAAAUCUAAUAAUCAAGCGGUUCCAAGCGAUGCUCAUACCGUGAAAAUUCGUCAUUGUCCAAAUCCAGAAAACUACGCUUAUAUGCCAGGUCAAAACUGCGAAAAUCGACCUCCACAUAAUGCCAUACCCAACGGCCAAGUCAGGAUGAGACAUAAGAACUCUCCCACUCAUAACAACGCUAUAUAUUCCACUUCAAAUGGACAUACUCCAGUAGGUGGAACGUUCUAUUACGGCAGGCGACCAGUUUCAACUUCGUACGCCGAGCAACAACUAGCUCUGAAGCAAUUUCAAAACAUAAAUCAUUCACGGCAUGGUGGAUCAAACUGUAGUUCGACACCCAGGAAUGAAACUGGGAAACGACCUAAGAUAUUCUACGCUUUAGAUGUUUAAGAAUUAUUUUGUAAAUUUACAUGUUUCUGUAUUUUUCUUACAGUUUUAUUUUUUCUAUGAAAUUCAACUUUAUAUUAUUUGUCUAUUCUUUUUUUUUCGUGAAUUUAAUCAUUUUCUGAAUUGAGAAUUCGCUCUGUGACGCAAAUUUCUCUGAAACCAAGUAUCGCGAAGUUGGAAUUUAGGUCAUAUUUUAUUUUUUUAACUUUCAAUCCGGUCCUAAAUAUUUAUUCGUACAAGCCCCCGAGCAGGUCCCAAAAUUGCUGUUUUUUUUAACGUUGUGUAUCUUCUGCAAAAUGACAACCUAUAAUAAAUACGAAAAAUAUAAAAACAAAAAUAUUAGUGUGGGCUCACGACUAUACCUAGAUGGAAUUCAUCAGAACAUUAUAUAGUCAUGAAUUGUGCAAAUACGUAUCUUAAAUAUUCUAGGGCCAUUGGUUAAAACAUUCCUCUGUUAUUCAACUGUGUGUUAUUGCAAAAACAAACUAGACAGCAACAUUAUCUCUAUAUCUAGGUUCGGUUAAUCUGUCUGCAUAUUUUUUUAAACUCGUCCCGGUUUUAUUCAUCCACAGAACAUUUGGCUUGAUGGCCUUGUGUUAUGCUAUUUGUAUGUUGAGGUUUUCGAUAACGGAUACAUAUGGGAUUCUUCGGAAAUCUUUUGAUGUCUGAUAUUAUUGUGUUUGUCAAACUUGAUGUGACUACAUAGUUUUAUUUUUAAGAUAUUUUUCCCAACGUUUAUCAGAAAGUUCUGGACGGUCAAAAGGGGUACAACAUUAAGGCAUCCAUUGUGAUCCGUUUUAAGCUAAUCUUUUAAAUGAUUACCCACUGUUUGAUAUGCUAUUUCCCGUAGUGAAGUAUUUCAACAUUUGUUACCUAUCGUUUUCGGCCUCUUCUUCGUUUGCGCAAGUGUAUAAUACAGAUAUAUUAUUAGCGGGACUUUCGAAUUAUCCAAUCCAAACUGUUUAUCUUUUUUGUAUAUUAAUUAUCUUGUAAGUUGAAUGAAUGACCAAACACAGACAGGUGUGGUAGUUUCAAUGGAAUUUGCGUCAAUAUUUCUAACCUGAAGAAGGUUUUACAAUUUACGUUUGAGCUUCUUCCAUUUGCCUUUUCGUCAAAUUGUAUUGUGAGUCAAAUGUCCCAACCGCUUCAAAGAUACCGUGUUCCAAAUUAGUUGCACUUGGUGUUCUAUUAAUACUGUUUUUAUUAUUUUGAGCUUGUCUGGUACAAUAAAAAAGUACAAAACCACA